AUGCCCCACGCUCGAAAUAGGAACCCUAGCCCCAUCCCAGAGGUAACAUGGGACACGGGAUUGAAGGAGAUGAACGAAACCUGGAAAGGAGCUAUAGCCUGUCUCGGGGUGGCCGUCUUCUUUGUAAUGACCAUCGGGAUCAUAUACUGGCAAGUGGUGGACCAGCCCAACAAGAACUGGAUCCUCAGGGGGACUUUUAGCGGACUGAUCUGGGAGAGAAGGACCCACUCGCUGGUCAUACAGACCCUGACGGAGGACAAGACUUAUGUGGAGAUAGACGUCGGGAAUGUGGGGAACCCCGACGUGGAGGUUCCUUUUGUGAGGAACCUGUGUUGGCUGAAUAAGACCGAGUUCUGCUAUACGUGGGACUCGGUGGCCGAGGUGAAGAUCUCGCUGGAGGUGAACGAGGAGACGGAGACGGAGUGCUACAGUAUGACCUGGGCGCCGGUGCACUGUCAUGUGGAGCUGAAGGACUGCUUCUCCAUGACCAAUGUGUCAUGGUACGGCGGCGCCAGUGUCCGGGGCCAGAGCUGGCCAAUCAACGAUCAAAACGCCACCAUGCAGCCCUUCAUCGUCAGUGAUCUGAAGGACAAUCCCUCUGGCUUUGGCUCCGCUCUUGAACGCUACUUCCUGGGCUCAUCAGGUGUUGCAGUGCUGGUAUCCCCUGAUAUUCCCCUGCAACUGGGAGUGGACAGCAGACAGCAGUUCUGCCUGCAGUCACUUCCCAGUAUGGAGCGUCUCCCACUGCAGUACACCGUGUGCGUGGCCCACAACGUGAAAGCCGCUCACCAGGAAGCAGUGCAGCAGCUCUCCCAGCACACCAGGGAACUGCCCAACAUGAAAACACUGUGGCUGCCGUUCUGGAAGCUGCUGGCCAGUGUGGAUUCAGGGCCGAAGGUGGAGAGGGAGCUGAGGACCUUCUCUAAUCGUCUGAAGAGACACCAGCUGGGGGAGGGAGUCAUCAGCCUCAACGAACAUUCCACCACCCUCCUCUCUGACAUGGACCAUGACUACCUCAACAACAGGAAAAGAGGGACGUCCAAGAGACAGACCAGGGACCUCCCACUUGUCAAGCUUCUUAACAUUUCCAUCACCCUGUCCCCUUUCCUGGGCGUGGACACCACGCAGUUCCACACCUCCCUUAUGGACGGCACUGAGGCCUACUGGCUCAGCCUCCCCUCAGCAUCUCAGGGACACCUGAUCCCUGUGCUGAGUCAGUGGCGGGGGAGGUUCUGUGUAAAGCUGAACAUCACCAACCCAGGAGCGGUGAGCUGGUUCCUGGACCGAGUGGGAUCCCUGCAGGCCCAUCUGGGGAUGGAGUAUGUCCUGCUGGAGGGGGGUGAGGGGAAUCUGUUUGAGGAGCAGGCCCUGCGUCCGCCGCAGACUCUGGGAGGAGACCAGUACAUCAGCCUGCUUGCAGACUUGGCCACCAGGAUAGGAGACUCUACCAUCAUGACGGCGGGGACACGGUCGAGCCACAAGCCCCUGUUUGUGAGGAUGACCCCCCUGCAGUCCGACUGGAGCCCGAUGGGCCUGAAGGGCAUCAUUCCCUCCCUGCUGCACCACACUCUGCUGGGAUACAACUUCCUCAUUCCUGAUGCAGUAGGCGGCUCUCUGUCUGGAGACCUUGUGGCAGAUGAGGAGUUGUUCAUCCGUUGGCUGGAGAUCGUAGCCUUUCUCCCCGUCAUCAGCUUCCACACACCGCCGUGGGUCUGCGGAGAGGAACGGGUGCUGAACCUGACACGGGCCUACAUAGCUCGCCACCAGGAAUUUGUGGUCCCCCUGAUCGAGAAGUACGCAGAGGAGUGGCAGGCGACGGGAUACCCCAUCUAUCGACCGCUGUGGUGGCUCAGUCCCAGUGACCCCAUGACCUUCACCAUCGAUGACCAGUUCCUCAUCGGGGAUGAGGUCCUGGUGGCACCGGUGGUGGAGCGGGGGGCGGUGCAGAGGGAGAUUUACCUUCCGGACGGGGGCUUUCAGUGGCAGGACAGCCGAAACGCUCAGGUGUUCGAUGGGGGGACGCUCCUAGAAGACUACCCUGUGCCCUUGGAUGAGGUGGCUGUUUUCUUAAGGAGGAGCUGAGUCACAUGAUGGCGCCACCAAGUCACAUGACAGCUCCUGAUACUGUUUUGAAUCUUACACUUUUUUUUUUCUAAACGUCUGUGCUGUUUUCAACUUGCACUUUUCCAUAAAAGACC